UUAUUAUGAACUUGUGUUCAUUAGAUCAAAUUAUUAUAGAAAUAAAAUUUUUAGUAAAGAAUUUUUUUGUUUAUAUACAAUACAUUUAUACAAUGUAUAUAAAUAAUUUUAACAUGAUUUUUAUUUUAGAAUGUUCCAAGAAAUUUAUCAUUAAAAAGAUAUCUAGUAGUUUUUUAAGAUAUAUUAUAUAUUGUAUAUAUAUGGUGUGUGUGUAUAUGUAUAUAUAUGGUGUGCGUGCGUGCGUGCGCGUGCGCUGGUUUUCCUUGCACCCAUGUGGAUAGUAUGCAAAAAAUUGAGAUAGAAGACACAGAAAAAAAUGUUGAUAAUGAAAAUAGUCAAUUUUUGGAAAAUGAAAUACAACAUAAAAGUGAAAAACCUUUAGACCCAAGAGCAGGUAAAGUGGAUGUGGAACUACCACAAAUACCUUUUAAUGCUGCAAAAAUUGUUAACAUGCUUUCAACAUAUCAUUUUCAUCCAUCAUCAAAGGCAAAAUCACGAAGACAACUUUCAAGACUUAUUGAAGAAUUUAAGGAAUUAUCAGAGGGAAGAAUGCCCCUUGGAAUAAAGAAAAUUAAAAACUCAAAUUUAGAGAGACGAGACUCAAGGAAAGAAUCGAGAAAGGCUACAUUACGCCUCAUUCAAUUUGAGAAAGAAUUAUUUUCUGACAAUAUUAAUAAAAAACAAAAAAGGAAAAGAAAUGGAGAAGCCGUUGCUAGUGAUAUAUCUUCUUAUGAUAGCCUAAAAAAUAAAAAUCAUUUAGAGUUCAAUUACGCUGUAAAUGAUUUCGCUACAUUUUCAAUGGCUUUAUAACUCUUAUUUCUGAUUAAUAACUGUAAAUGGAAUUAAUAAAAAUUUUAAUAUGGUUGUAAAAAUAAAAAA